CAGAAGUUCAGAAAAAGGAAGUCUUCAUUCAGUAGAUUUUUAAACAGGAAAUAUCUUCAUUGUUACCCAUCUACAGUAGUCCAAACCACUGCAACACAGAAGUGACAGUUAAAGAAUCCCUGACUGGUGGCCAUCCAACCUCUGCAGAAAACAAGCUUGCUCCAUCUUCUAUUGACAGCCCUUAAGAUGCCUCUCUCCUCUUAUCUCAGUCUCCUCUUUCACAGGAUAAACAUCCCCAACUCUCUCAAACAUUCCUCAUAGGGCUUGGUUUCCAGACCCUUGAUAAUCUGAGUCACCCUCCUCUGCACACAUUCCAACUUGUUAAUAUCCUUCUUAAUUUGUGGCGCCCAGAACAGGACACAGAAUUCCAGGUGUGGUCUGACCAAGGCAGAAUAGAGCAGUACUGUUAUUUCCCUUGCUCUGGACACUAGGCCUCAGUUGACGCAGCCUAGAAUCGCAUUAGCAUUAUUUGCUGCUGCGUGGCCUUUUGACUCAUGUUAAGCAGGGGUCUACUAAGACCCCUAGAUCCUUUUCAUCCUUUUCUUUUCUGUUUAAUUUAUGCCCAACAGGAAUGUUUAAUUUAUUGCCCAAUGGGCAAGAAGGAAAGUAUCCCUUCUUGCCCAUAAGGAUGAUGACUCUAGUCAUCCAAAGGGAAAUCAAAUGGCAAGUAUCUGAGGAGGAUGGAAUUCUGAGCAUAUGCAGAGUUGCAUACAUCUGCGUAUGGCUGGGGUUGUAGAUCAGACCACCGAUUCAUUCAUUUUCAGCAUAAGAAUAUGAGAAGAGCCCCAGAAUAAACUUCAUUUAUUCUUGAGAUUUCGCAAAAAAAAAAAAAAAAGGCUGAACAACUUUUGUCUCUGGAAUUUGUGUACGGAUGAAUUUUCAUGAGGAAAACAAACACAUAAUGUAUCCUGAUCUUGAAAUGUGGAGAACUGAACUUUGGUUGUGGAUUUCAAUGGGUCUACUCUGCGUAGGACCAGCAUUGGCUACUACCCAAAGGUUUGCCCACAGGACCUGCUGUGCCCAUUCUUUUCACCUGCACCUACAUGCCUCCCAACUGAGCAUAAUUCAAAAAGUGGACUGACUCUGGCCCACAAAAACUUGUCACACACAGUGAGCUUCAUGGCUGUGUGGGGAUUUUAGCCCUGGGACUCACCUACAUUGGCAAAGAAAAAGCGCUUUAUAUGCGUUGUUUAUAACACUGCGACACCAGAUGGCGCUGUGGAGUUCCACUUUUCCCAUACAAAGUUUAGAACGCGUUUAACUGAAAUGCUUCUUUGGUGUGUCCAGAUCCAGCCCUGGUCUCCCAGGUCCGAAUCCAACACAAACCAGUCCACCACACUGUCUCUCAGAAUACGGCAUAUGUGUGUCUGUGUACAUAUUCAUAGUUUUACAUAACUUACUUUUCUAUGACUGUGGCUUGAUGCCUCGACGUCGCAGAUAAUGGUUAAUCGGGGUAUGUUAUCUAGCCCCAUUAAGAGGCUGGCAGCGUUGAACCCUUUGCAAUAUUGAUCCCAAAGCAAGGAGACCUUUCUGCUCCCGGGGCAUAGGCAGGCAGUAUUUCCAAUGCAGAUUUUAUUGCCAUUCUAUUAUAUUUCCUCUGUGCUUGCAUUCUCCUGGUCUUGUGACUCCGACCCUAAAUUGCAACCCAAAUCCAUGGGAGAUGGGCAUGUGUGUGGAGUCUGCCAGCCUCCAGUCCCUGAUUAGACGACAUCCUCAUCUCCAUAGAUGACUCCAUCGUCCUUAGAGCAGGAUGCUGGGCAACCCUUGAGUACUAUUGGUCAUUUGUCACAGAUGCCAACUCUCCUGAGCCAGGGAAAGGCUUGGGAUGAGGUGUGUAUGGUCCACGCUCGCCACUAACCCUUAUCCAUUUGCAAUGGUUUUGUUUUACUGGAUGGAGCCUCUGGCCACGCCGCUCUUGCCUUUGCAAAGUUGGGUUUGAGAUGCGCGUUGGCUAGAUAUUUUUUUAAAAGUAAUUUUUAUUACGUUUUGCAAUUUUCUAUUCAACACAAUCAUCAUUAUCACGAAAAGAAUAUAUAAAUCCCAAUCUCUCCCCACCCCACCCCACCCCCCUCCCGUGACUACCCUCAACCUCCUUUCCUGGUUCUUUAAGUCUUUGCUUCUCCUGCCUGUUUUAUUCUACCUUAGUUUUGUAAUCAUUUAGCUAAAUAUUGUUGUAUUCUUAUCAUUUUUUUACCAUAUGUUUUCGAAUUAGCUCUUACACUUUGUUGUUCUCCCGAUUGUUGCAUCUUGACUUUUAUAUACGUUUUCUUAAUUGUAAGUGUUUACUCAAACCCUGCUAGUGAGUCCACUUCUUUACAAUAUUUUUGUAAAUAUACGUUGACUCGCUAGAGGCGCGUCAUCUGAUGCAAAUACGCCCUGGCGGGGAUUCCCCUACCGACGAGAGGAAUUGAUGGCGGUGGGCGGGUCCUUUCUGGGAAUGGAGAGCCUGGACUAGGAUCGCUUUCGUUUUCUCCCUGCUGCCUGGCGGUGGAGCGGGGCGGAGACCAGACUUGCUCUCGGAGGCGCCGCGCGGCUCCUGCGCUCCUUCCAGACCAGGCUGCUGAGACCUCACUGAAGGGGAGAUGGCAGCCAACAUGGAAAAUUUGCCCGAACACCUUCUGUUGGAUAUCUUGACCCUGGUCCCAGCUAGCGAACUCAUUUGCAAUUGCCGGCUGGUCUGCUCUCACUGGCGGGACUUGGUAGACCUACCAGUUCUGUGGAAGCGCAAGUUCCAGAAAAGGGACCACGACUCUUCUCCAAAGCCAUUGUCUUUCUACAUUUUCUCCCGCCUAAAGAAGAACUUAAUCAAGAACCCUGAUGGUCAAGAUGGCCUGGACUCCUGGGAAAUCCAGACACCUGCCGAGGGCCACUGGGAAACUGAGGAACAGUCCAUAGAAGACUCAAAAAUCAUCUGUAGGAUAAUCGGCAUUUAUUGGGGAAAUGAUGAAGAUGCUCCUGUUCAGGUCUACAAAUGCUUUGCUGCAUGUAACGGGCCCUGCAGCAAGUCUCAGCUCAUCACCUUGAAGGACGAGGGCUACUGGGAUGAACUAAUGGAUGAAGCCAGACCCACGAUUGAGGUGAAGGACUGGUUUCACGUACUAUUUACGAACUGCCCUCAAGGUGUCCGUCAUAUCCUCUUUGAACACAAAGCGCACACGGAACCCCAUUGUCCCCGUCUCCUUAAGUACCUCUCCCCACAGCAAGGCCCAAGUGAUGACGGGGAGCCAUCCUGGAGUGUGAUGAGGGUGUUGCAAAGCAGCAUCACACUUCACCCACCACCAACGGCAAAAGUGGAUGGCGAUUGCCACUACUUAGAUAACCCCGAUCCACAGGAGCAUUCCAGCAGUGACAAAUUGCCAGAUGAUGAUUACCAAGACUAUGAAGAUUAUCCUGAUUCACCAGACCACUCCAGCAAUGACGACUCUGAAAAACCUGAUUUCUAA